AUGGUUGACACACAGCACGCCGUCAUGCCAAUACCAACAUCCUCCCCGUUCCGCGUCGAGUUUGCCACAUCCGAACAAGAUCUCGAGGACAUUGCGGACCUCUUCGUCGAGUACACCAGCAGCCUCGGCAUCGACCUCGCCUACCAGUCGUUUGCCGAAGAGCUUGCCGGUCUGCCGGGAAAGUAUGCCUCGCCGCGCGGCACGCUCCUGAUUGCGCGGAGCACUGCACCUGGCGUCAAACCUAUUGGCUGUGUCGCCCUCCGGCCGCUGCCCGCCGGUGAACCCAAAAACAGCCCGCGCUGUGAGCUCAAACGCCUGUACGUCCGAUCCGAUGCACGCGGCACCGGUCUCGGCGAAGCAUUGGCACGGCGCGCCUUGGCGGAGGCGGUGUCCCGCGGGUACGGCGAGGUGGUCAUGGAUACGCUGGAGUCCAUGACGGCGGCGCGGCGGCUGUACACAAAGCUGGGCUUUUCCGAGACGACGGCCUACUAUGAGACGCCCAUCCAGGAGACCGUCUUUUACCGGCGAACGCUUCCUUGA